AUGAUCCCACACCUGACACCGUAUCUCAUCGAGGUGUCUCAUAGCCCAACACGCCCCUUCGUGCAUACUUCUGUUCAAAAUAAUCUAGGAACUCCUUUUCUUGUCCUUCAAUGCAAGAGCGCCCCGAGUCCCGGAGCACUUCUACCUUCGCAUCAGAUUGAAUGGCAUCUCAAAGACAAGCUGAUGGGGUUGCCGGACAGCAUCCAGCCGCACGAUGGACUGGAGAUGCACGGCAUUAUCACCUACGGACCCCGCGUGCGGUUCUACAGAUUGAUGGCCAACCGUAUCUUUGGUUGCUGUCUCUGGGAGGGCAAAGACCAUUUGCACAUCCUCGAUGAUCAUGAUAGCAUUGCCCAGCACCUCACCGAGAUCAAGAGCGAUUGGCUAUCAACCAAUGCUCCCGGUGGCAUUUAA